CAAAAGGAGCCCCGCCGAGCAGCGGGAGGAAGCUUUUUCCUCAGGAGUCAGACCAGCUCCCCGACGGGGCCUUUCCGUUUGGCGCCCGGCCGAGUCCGCGCAGCUCCCCGGACGCGCGUUUUAUGGCGCUAGGACCCAGGCAGAGCGGAGCGAGUUCCGAAUGAGGCUGCGGCGGUCGUGUGAAAGUGAAUGGCUGGGGCGCGUCGGGAAAGCGGGCACGGAGCAAGGCGCGUUCGGAUCCCCGGCGGGCUGGGCAAGGGCGCGUCCAGCAGCAGCAGCAGCCCCUAGGGGGUCUCUCUCCACCUGCCCGCGGCCAGCGCUGAGGUGCAUAGCGUAAUGUCCAUGCUGUGCUACACUCUGAUUAUAGCAUUUCUGAUUGGCAUAUGGGCAGCACCACAAUCUGAAGAUAAUGUCCCUCUGGGCUCCCCUGCAACAUCUGACCUUUCUGACACCAGCAGUGCUAAAGCUCACGAGGGUCUGAAAACAUCUCAAAACACUGAUCAGCGCCAUCCUGCUCCUAAGAAGGCAGAGGAUCAAGAAAUUGCAUCGGCAGCAAACAUCAUUGUGGAUCCCAAGCUUUUUCAGAAGAGGCGGUUCCAGUCGCCUCGUGUUCUGUUCAGCACUCAGCCCCCACCAUUGUCAAGAGAUGAGCAAAGUGUGGAGUUCCUGGACAAUGCAGACUCUCUUAAUAGGAAUAUCCGGAGCAAACGUGACAGUCAUCCUGUGCAUAACCGAGGGGAAUAUUCUGUGUGUGACAGUACCAGUGUCUGGGUUGCCAACAAAACCAGAGCAACGGACAUCAAAGGCAACCUGGUGACUCUGCUGGCAGAUGUAAAUCUUAAUAACAAUAUCUAUAAGCAGUACUUUUUUGAGACCAAGUGCAGAAAUCCAAAACCAGUACCGAGUGGGUGCAGAGGCAUUGAUUCCAGGCAUUGGAAUUCUUAUUGCACCACAACACACACCUUUGUUAAGGCAAUAACCCAGGAAGGCAAUCGGGCAUCCUGGCGCUUCAUUGCGAUUGACACUGCCUGUGUGUGUGUAAUCAGUAGAAAAACUGAAAACUUCUGAUUGACCAUUGAUUGCUCCAAUACUCACUUUCUCCCCAUCCCCU